AUGGCUGUUCGGGAUCCUGGGACGGGGGAUGUACAUGUAGAGCACGUUGACGCUCAUAUAGCAGCAGCAGUAGCUCCUCUGGGCAAACCUCUCCCCAUGCUAGAUAUCAACGCCGAUGGCCUUCGAACGACCACCACUGAUACCACCACGACCACGACCACCAAUACCAUCUACACCGGCUAUCUAGAUACUCCUCCUGCCACUCCCGAUCCAACCCUUUUAUCGCCGACAUCAUCUAAGCAAUCUAAGCAGAAGACUACUCUUCUUCUGCCAUUACAGCCAGGCACAAUGGCUACAGUCAACCCAACCACCAUGGCUUGCGCUCGGUGCAAGCAAAAAAAGAUCAAGUGCGAUGGGAACCAACCGUCCUGUUCGGCCUGUACAAGAGCCAAAGUGGCCUGUGCCGUACCUGAUAUUAUUUCGCAAGCAGGCCUUGCUAGAGGGCACGUUGAGAAGCUUGAGAAUCGGAUUUCUGAGUUACAAUCCUUAAUCGACACCAAGACCCGUGAACUCAAGGAAAUCAAUAAUCGCCAAGGCUCCUUCUCAUCAUACUAUACAAAUAGUCCUAUUUCAUCUAACCCAUUCACACCUGGCAAGAGAUCGUCUGCCACCUCCAUUCCACGCUCAGCUCUAUCGCAAACCCCGACUUCGCUCCACCAGGAAGACCAUUCACAUGGGCACCUAUCACUCGCUCGUCUUUUAGUCCAAACUCUGCAUCUUAAAGAUCACAGGCCUUGUAUUUCAAAGCUCUCACAUCUCGUUGCUAAUGAAAGAUCCACAGCAUUCGAAUCUAUCAAUGCCGCCGAACGACUUCCCUUAGAGCAUAAUGGGAAAAUUCUACUCAAUUCCUAUCUAGACAACGAACAGAGAUGCUUCCCGUUCCUGUCUCGCCGUAAAAUCAUCCGUCUAUACAACGAAAUAUACUCUGGCUCUAGCGAAUUCAACCAAAAAAAUAUCCAAGACUACUUUUGCCUCUACAUGAUUUUCGCCAUAGCCUGUCUUUCACAUCCGCCCGGAAUCGAGGACCCUCAAACUAAUGCACUCCGUUUCUAUAAAGCCGCGCUCAUUUGCAGGGAACAGCUCCCACGAGGUUCUACUUUAUCAAUCGUACAAAGCAUCCUGCUACUCUGCCUUUUUUCCAUGCAUGCCAAGGUUUCGCAAGACGCCUGGCGGUUGAGCCGUCGCGCCCUCCAUAUAUCUAUCGAAGGAGAAUUCCACCUUAGCCGACGAAGUAAAAGCCAAAACCUUGAAAAUGAGACAACUGUCACCCGGGUACAGAGGCGUGCUUUCUGGAGUGCCUAUUGCUUGAACCGAAUCACUAGCAAUCUGAUUUACGAUCGUCCACCAUCAAUACCAGAAGCAAGUAUUGAUGUAGAGAUGCCACUAGACUUUGAACUCGAUGUCAGUAAUAUAGGAGCACUGGCAGUAUCUUUACUCCCUUGCCUUACAAGCCUGUAUGGCAUAUCCACUUCAGCAUUCACUUCGUUUAACAGCCUCGAUCCUCCGUCCGAUGACAUGGCCGUUCAGCUCAGAACCCGCAUGGAACAAAUAACCGCAUGUAGCACCCGUCUCUUCGAGCUACUUCAAACAGCGUUCCCGGAUAAGAUUCAAGGUGGCUCAUUGCAGGAUGUUGACUUGGUAUCCCCCUAUGUUACCAUCUCAUUUAACUCCCAUGCGAUGCUUAUGCAUCAGUGGGCAAUCGCUGCAAUCGCUGCCAAGUAUGACGGCGUACCUCAGCAAAUAAAAAACAAAGCAAUAAAACACUGCAUUGAAACAAUCAGGUUUAUUGGACAAGAAUCCCCAAUUCUUGGCCCAAGGGAACAAGAGUCGGCCACACUGAAGUUUGGUCACCUAAGGAUUGCAUUUAUCAUCAUGCUGCGAAGUUUGGUAAUUAUGUUGUCCACAUUACUAGCGAAUGAAUAUAAUUUUCUCGCAGUCAUGUUGGAGGACAACGAUGAUUUAGAACCUGAGGAUAUUGACCAGGCUAUCUGGAUCGGGAUUCGAUUCUUGAAGGAUGUAGGGCCUAGGCAAGGCCAAGGCUGUGCAUUUUUGCCAGCGUUGGUCCUUGCAUUACGAUACGCAGUAUAUGAAAGGGGUUUUGGAAAGCCACCUAAAAUUCCAUUUUCGAGGCCAGAAGAGCAAUACCGGAUGAUAGAAAAAAGAAUAGAGGAGAACUACCCGAGGCUAUUUCAACUUGCAAGUUCGAUGAACGUUUCGUCCAUGCCGAUUAGUAUGGGGCUAAGACGGUUGGAAGAAGAAAUCGAGGCAAAUACUCCACCUAUGGACGUAUUCAAAGAGUUUGGUGAUUCGGCAGGAGAGUUGGAGGAGCUAGCUAGAGUGGUUAGAUGGAGGUUGAAGGUUCAAUUCGAAGUUGGGGAUGCGAGGGAUAGUCUAAGAGCAUUUGAGGAGAGAAUGGGGGCUGAUAGGGUUAUGGAAACAGGGGACAUGGGGUUUAGCGGCCUAGCGGGGUUCAAUGCGCACCAAGAGCUUGGAGGAGAUUCUAUGCAUCACUAUGGGCCAAACUUCAUCCAAGAUUUUCCAAAUCCUGGUCGCGGUGGCGUCGGAGCUGGAUUGAAGAUGGAUGUGGAUUUUUCGGGUUUCGAGACUGAUAUUAUUACCUUUGAGUAG